AUGGAUCUCACUAAAAUACAGCUUCAUUCAACUGAUGUUGUAAAAGUUGUUGAGCCUUACGUGGACACGGGUAAUUUGGUUAUUAUGGACAGAGUCCCCAUCGAACCAGAAUCAGUGGAAUCAGGCUUAUUAGAUAGAGCUCGUGAUAAUACACAGCUGUUAUUCAACAAAAUCUGGUCUCUUGAAAGAAAAACUGUUGAUAAUAUGGCAUUCGCCAAGCUGCCAACCCCCUCCUACAGAUUACCAAGAGAAAAGAGGAUACCUGAACCUAAAGAGCCGACCAAGUGGGAGAAAUAUGCUAAAGAGAAAGGAAUCGCCAAGAAGACCAAAGACAAAAAGGUUUAUGACGAACAUUCCAAAGAAUGGAAGCCUACAUAUGGUUAUAAGAGAGCUAAUGACGACACUAAGGUGCCAUAUAUCGAAAUUCCUGGAAAUGGAGAUAUUUACAAAGACUAUUUCGCUGAACGUAAAGAGAAGAAGAAGGAGAGAGUAGCUAAGAAUGAAACUCAGAGAUUGAAAAAUCUUGCCCGCCAACUAAAAACAAAAGUCAAGACUGGGCCAUCCAUUGAUUCUAACAUUGGUCUUGGUAUCGCUCCAGAGGACAAAUCCAAACAACAGGUUCGAUUCGCUAUUGAUAGAGCCAAAGCUGCCACUGCUUCUGUCGGAAAGUUCCAAAGACUUGCAAAAGGAGAGAAAGAAAAUGUCAAAACUGGGAAAAAGAGACAGUUCCAACCCACUAUUGGUGCCAUGGCUAGUGAGAAGUCUCGAUCUCUGGAAAUUCUGGAGAGAAUCAAAAAUAAGAAACCCAAAACUAGGUAA